UUCUAUUUAAUGCGCAUUCCGCCAUGGCCUCUCAAAUUGGAGUCUUCUCUUCAGAUAGUGAUACUGUCAACAAUUCGUCGACAAUGUCAGCAGCUGUAGCUAUGACUACCUCUCAUACUUCAGCAAACCAGAGUAGUUGUGCUUCUGAUAAUGGUUCGGUGGGUCAAGGCACUGUUGUAUCUCCUAGUUCUUCAGCCCAGUUUCAAAGAUUGAAGGUUGAAGAUGCACUUUCUUAUUUGGAUCAAGUCAAAUUGCAGUUUGGUAAUCAGCCUCAAGUGUAUAAUGAUUUCCUUGAUAUAAUGAAAGAAUUUAAGUCUCAAAGUAUUGAUACUCCUGGUGUAAUUAGCCGUGUCUCCAACUUGUUUAAAGGUCAUCCUGAUCUUAUUGUUGGCUUUAAUACUUUUUUGCCACCUGGCUUUAAGAUUGAAGUUCAUGGUCAGAAUGAGAUCAAUAUUCAAGGUCCUGCCCAGCAUAGUCAUACUCUCCAGCAAAUUGCAAUGAGGCACAAUGCUGCUGCUGCUGCAGCUGCAGCCAGUGCUGGUAAUCAGUCUGGAACUGGGCAGACUCAACGCUCCUCUCCUAGUUCUAGCAGUAACCCUGCACUGACUGGACAACAAAAAGGUCAUCAACCUGUUGAAUUUAACCAUGCCAUCAAUUACGUCAACAAGAUAAAGAACCGGUUUCAGGGUCAACCUGAUGUUUAUAAAGCAUUUCUGGAGAUUUUACAUACCUAUCAAAAAGAACAACGUCUUCUAAAAGAUGGUGGCAUACCAUCAACCACACCCUUGAGUGAGACAGAAGUAUAUGGCCAAGUUUCAAAGUUGUUUCAGAAUCAAGAGGAUUUACUUUCUGAAUUUGGGCAAUUUCUCCCUGAUGCUACUUCCUCUCACAGUCUUUUAGGAUUUGCUGGACCUUUAGCUCUAGCUGCAUCUGCCACAAAGAAGCAAUCUGGAAAAAGUGGCAAAGCUCAUAGUCGUAAGAGCUCACAAAGCAGCUCUGCAGGUUUACCGAGUAAGAAAAGUAAAAAUAGUGCAAAAGAUGUCUUAGCUGAAGCCGGUAAACAUGGUAACUAUGUUGAAGUGGCAUUAUUUGAUAAGAUUCGCAAAGCUUUACACAAUCCUGAAGUUUAUGAUAACUUUCUCCGCUGUCUUAUGCUAUUCAAUGAAGAGAUUGUCUCUAGACAAGAACUUACCCAACUUGUUACACCUUUUCUGGGAAAAUUUCCUGACCUCUUCUGCCAGUUUAAAGUUUUAUUGGGAUUUAAGGAGCCAAGUACUGCUGAAUUAUCUCCUGAACCAUCUCCUCCACCACAAAUACCUCAUAAAGAAAGAGUAACUGAAUUUGCUGCUGAAAUAGAUUUUAACAGUCUGAAGCGUCAUGGAGCCAGUUAUAGAGCACUACCGAAGUCUUAUGUUCAACUUAAAUGUUCAGGAAGAACUAGAUUAUGUCAUGAAGUUUUGAAUGAUACUUGGGUCUCAUUUCCAAUGUGGUCUGAAGAUACAACGUUUCAUGGAACAAGGAAAACUCAAUAUGAAGAAUAUAUAUUUAGGUGUGAAGAUGAACGUUUUGAGUUAGAUGUGGUUUUAGAAACUAACUUGUCAACAAUCAAAGUGUUGGAAGCCAUUCAAAAGAAAAUGUCAAGAAUGUCUCCAGAGACGUUAAACCAUUUUACACUUGAUAACAGACUUGGGGGGUUUUCUGAAGUUAUUCAUCGUAAAGCUAUACAUAGAAUAUAUGGUGACAAAGCCACUGAUAUUAUUGAAGGUUUAAAAAGGAACCCUGCAGUUGCAAUACCAAUUGUUUUGAAAAGACUAAAGUCAAAGCAGGAAGACUGGUUGGAUGCUCAAAGGCAAUUCAAUAAAAUGUGGAGAGAGCAGUUAGAGAAGUAUCAUUUGAAAUCAUUGGAUCAUCAAGGCAUUAACUUUAAAGCCUCGGAUACUAAAAUCAUGAGACCUAAGUCUCUUAUUGGAGAAGUUGAAUGUCUUUUUGAUGAACGUCAAGAGAGUUUUGCUGAAGGAAAAGCAGCUGAUGUUGGACCCCAUCUUUCAUUUAGAUUUACAGAUGAAAAUCAUGUUUUUAAUGAUGCUGUUGGACUAGUCAUGUAUUACAUGAAGAGGGCAUCUAGUUUAACAAAAGAAGAAGCUACAAAGGUUAAAGUGUUCUUGACACGUACUCUCUCUGCUUUCUGUUACUAUCCUGACAUCCAGCUUACUUCAGAAGAUGAUCUUAGUUUUGACAGUGAUUCAGAUGCUAUGGAUGUUAGUCAGGAUGUUAAAGAUCCUGAUGCAAAUCCUAGAUCUUUAUUGCAUUCCUUUCCAGAAACCCCAUCUUGCUAUCAUAAGCUUGAUCAUCAUACAAUUUUUACAAACAACACUGUUUAUGCAUUCUUCAGAUUAAUUCAGUUCCUUUGUGAAAGGUUAAGCAAAGUUUAUUCACAAUCUUUAAUGACCAUACAAGAACAUAAUAAUAAUGGUACUCCUUCCUCUCAAGAAUCCAUUGCAGUGAAGUUAGGGUUGCGAAAGCUACCUGGUAUUCAAGUUGAUGAAUAUUACCCAACAUUUCUUAAUAUGGCAAAGAACUUUAUGGAAGGUAACAUUGACAGCUCGUCCUAUGAGGAUACUUGUCGUGAGAUGUUUGGUGUCCAUGCCUAUCUAACUUUUACUAUGGAUAGACUUGUACAAAAUAUUGCUAGACAACUUCAUGUUAUGAUUGCUGAAGAAAAUUGUUUGCAAAUUAUAGAUGAGUAUGGAAAGUUUGUUGAAGAGUUGGAAGAUAGUGUGACCACAUCAUCACUUGCUGCAUCAGAAAUGAUUUAUCAGAAGAAAAUGGAGGAAAUACUUGCAGAUGAAAACUGUUUCAAAAUAAUAAUGACACGUUCCAAAACAUUAACAAUUGAAUUAUUGGAAAGUGAUGAUUCUUCAGAUGAUACUGGAAUCGAUUCAACUAAGAAAUGUUUGUCUUAUGUUGAACAGUAUAGUAAAGAUGACUCAAAUUUUCAUGAAUUCCGGUCAUUAGUGCAAGAAAGGAAAACUUUUUUGAUGAGAACUCAUCGUGAUCCAACUCAACUUACAUGUACUACUACUGUGGAGAUGGACUGCUCAUUGGGUUCUUCGAAUCCAUUGCUACAAGAAUUUGAUAUACAUGGAGCCAUUGAAUUUAAAAUGGAUGAUAGAACGUAUAGAAUGAUACCAUUAGCUAAUAGUGAAGAUUAUAUGUAUCGCAAGGGUACCUUAUCUAAAGCAAAACAGGUCAACCCAUGGGUAUUUGCUAAGCAAAAGUCUCAAUUUAAUGAGUGGUAUGAUAACUGGAGUCAUGCUAAUGUUACAACUGAAUUGCAAAAGUCCUGUGAUGACUGGUUUUCAGGACUAUCUGUUACUGAAGGUGAUCAUUCACUUACUGAACAAGUCAUACAAGAUUACAAUGGACAGAAAUGUCGUUUUUAUCGUACCUCAUAGGAAAACAUUCACUUUUUAAAGAGUUUUGUAAAACUGAGCUCUUGAUUAUUCAAUACCUGUUACAUGUACAUGUACAUCUAUCUGCACAUUAAGUUUUCAUUAAGAAUAAUAGAUUCUUUUA